GGAAGGGGGAGCUGGUCUAAGAGGGGGAAAGAAGACUGUCUUAGGGCCCCAUGUCCACAGGACACCUCUCCCUGCUCCAGUUAUCACGUUCCCAGAGAUAACCGCUCCUGCAAUUGCGUUUGAUAUAUUGAAACCGGCUGUGAUAACAUGUGAUCGAGAAGUGACUUCGGGCGUUAAGGGUUUCCGGAAACGGGAGCAGCGAUCGAAGUGUGCUCGAAUGCGUUCUAAGGGGUUCGUCGGACAACCUCGGCGUCGCAAGACGUGACGAUAAUCAUCCCCAAGAUGGCCACGUCGCUCAUGCUGGGGAGCACCAAACAGGUGGCCAGUGACUCCUCGAAAGGGGUGACUUUGUCUUGGUGCGAUCUUUCGGUCUAUGCGACCGAUCGUGGGAACAAGAUCUGCAAUCAGCUGAUUAAGAAUGUGCGAGGCGCGGUGCAGCCUGGUGAUCUAACCGCGAUCCUGGGAGGCAGCGGCGCAGGGAAAACAUCGCUGAUGGAGGCGCUAGCGUUUCGAACCUCUCCUGGGGUGAUAGUGCACGGAGAUGUCUACGCGAAUGGACAAUCAGUGGGUUCACCAUACAUGCGGCACCAUAGUGGAUUUAUGCAGCAGGAGGACAUUUUCAUCGGCACUAUGACAGUCCUGGAACAUCUUACAUUCAUGGCGCGCAUGAAGCUGGACAGACGAACGAAGUCCUGGGAAGUCAGACAAAGGAUCGACAGGCUCCUGAGGGAAGUCGGAUUGUCCUGCAGGAGCAACACCAGGAUAGGCUCAGGAGGAGACGACAAGGUCCUGUCAGGAGGCGAAAAGAAGCGACUGGCGUUCGCUACCGAGUUGCUGACGGAUCCGAGGAUCCUGUUCCUGGACGAGCCCACCACGGGUUUGGAUGCCCAUUCCGCGAACGUUUUGGUGGGCCAGCUGACCACUGUUGCAUCCAGAGGCAGAACCGUCCUCUGUACGAUCCAUCAAGCCAGUUCGGCGAUUUUCGACACCUUCCACAGAAUCGUCCUGGUGGCCGAUGGCAGGAUCGCCUUUGCCGGCACCAGCGAACAGGCAGUCAGAUUUUUUACCAGCCUAGGGUACGAGUGCCCAAAGACGUACAACCCUGCGGACUUUUUGGUCGCCACUUUGGCGAUCACUCAUAACGACGAGGACCAUGGCAGAAGGACUACGCAAAGGAUAUGCGACGCUUUCCUCACGAGCGACGCCUGCAAGGAACUCGACGUCGUUCUGCAGCUGCAGCUGCACAUUGCGCAAUCCUAUAACUGGAGGAAGGAUCUGCGAGAGGUCAGCGAAUUCAAGCAUCCGCGAUGGUGGUGGAGACUCUUCUGGUUGACCCAUCGAGGGUUCAAGCAGGUCCUGCGAGACCCAUCGCUGCAGUUAUUAAGGAUCCUCCAGAAGAUGUGCGUAGCCACAAUGGCAGGCCUUUGUUUCGUCGGGGCAGUCGCUCUGGACCAACCAGGAAUCCAAGCUGUCCAAGGAGUGGUCUUCAUUCUGGUGGCCGAAAAUGCAUUUUUUCCGAUGUAUGCAACCUUGGCCCUGAUCCCUCAGGAGAUCCCUCUCUUCCUAAGGGAAUACCGAGGAGGGAUGUACUCCAUCCAUCUGUACUACAUCUCAAGAAUGAUAUCUUUGGUACCAGGAUUAAUGGUAGAACCGGUGCUAUUUUCUACGGUGAUAUACUGGCUCGCAGGACUUCGAAACACGUUCAGAGCAUUCGGUUUGUCCAUGUUGGUGGUAAUCGCCACCAUGAACGUCUCCACGGCUUGCAGUUGCUUUUUCUCCGCGGCUUUCGACACGGUGCCUUUGGCGAUGGCUUAUCUGGUUCCCUUCGACUAUGUGCUGAUGAUCACCAUGGGACCUUUUACCAAACUCAGUACACUGCCGGUCUAUAUACGAUGGAUUAAAUAUAUUUCCUGGCUCCUGCACUCCACCGAGGCUCUGACCAUCCUUCAGUGGGAAGGAGUCCACAAUAUCUCCUGUCAGGCUCCUCAUCCAGAUUUGCCUUGUAUCGCCGAAGGCUCUGUAGUUUUGGACCAGUAUGACUUCGAGGCUGAUCACUUCUGGCAGGAUAUGAUGCUCAUGGGGAUCAUUUACAUGGGUUUCCACCUGCUGGGGUACAGCUGUCUGUGGAACCGCUGUCGCUCAAAAUGAAUUAGCUUUAGGUCGCUAAUGCGGAAGAAUUCGCUCAAAGAAACUAACGAAACGAUAAUCUUGUCUAGUCGUGCGAGUAAGUUUUGGCAAGACGUUAAUCGUAUACAAUUCCUCGGAUAAUGGACGACUUCUGUUUAAGGGGGUUGGUAGAUUGUAAGAUGCGUCUUAAUCAAAGUGAGUUUAAAAGAGAAUCGGGGGUAUAGGAAAUACUUAAAGGGCUAUUUAUUUGAUGUUUUAUACAGAAUUUAAGAUAAAAAUGUUUCAGAGAAUGUAUUUCGAACUGACGGACUUGUGUAGGCCGGAAAUUUAUAACUUCUAUCUCACGAUUCAAUAGAACGGUACGUCCGAGACAAAAAGUUAAAGUGGUUUCGGAAACAAGAAGGUAUGAUUUAACGGCACAGAUUUUUCAUGAAAACCUGUGUUAAAAGAUAUUGACAAUUAAAGUGCAGAAACUAAAGGUGAUUUUUAUCGGCCCUUCGUGUCGUAGGUUCUUAAAUACUCUCUUCUACUCUCUAAAAUCGCCUUAACGUUUCAGGCUUACCAUUCUUUCCGAACCGUGGAAGGAAGAAUGACAUUUCCACCCUCCGGCAUUUUGUAAUGUUGAAAGACUUUCUACGGUAAAUUCUGCACAAAAUGUCAAGUAAAAUGGCCACGUAAAUGUUUCCAAUACCUUUCUAUUCUCUUUUAAACUCACUCUAAUUAACCCUUUGAGGACGGAGCUCUUUUGACAUAUGAGCGAAAUUCAUCGGGGCGUGCAAGCAAUAUUGGACCAAACGUCGGACGCAUUUCUGCCUCGUUAGGACGCAAAGGGUUAAAUCGUAUUCCACAACCCCCUUAAGACUCCACGAGUGGCCUAGGAAGCGGAAUAGCAGGGUGGAAGACGCUUCUCCAUUUCUUUCUCUCUUUUUUUUCUUACCGAAGUAUAUAUAUAUAAUGUCUAAUCGUUAAGUAAUAUUUAUCCCAUCGAUGGCUAUUACAUUAAUUACAUCUUCGAGGCACGCCUCGACGUAUAACGAUUAAGAGCUAGGGAAAAGAAAGGGAAAAGGAAACGUGAGGGUGAUGAAUUUACGAAGAGCCUCCCUUCGGGGCCUCUGUAUACCCCUUCGUGUAAAACGAGCUUGCAUACGUGUACUUGCAUCGGGUAAAUCGGUAUAUCGAUUCGAGUAUCGUGUACUGGACGUAAAUUAUGUACCCUGGGACAGAAAUGGGAGAAAACGAGGCUCGCGUUAGGGCUCUUCUAGUUUCAAAAGAACCCUAGAAAAUCCACGAAAAUCCGCAAAUGCGAGGAAAAAAGCUCUCUUCCGAGAUUUCUUGAGAAAAGGAUUCCAUUCGCGACACCAUUCGCUUCGUUACAAUUUUUACUAGAAUUAUUGAAGAGAACCGUCGAGUCUAUUUAUUGUUAGCCCGUAAUUUCGUGCUGUUGAAAUGUGUCCAAAUUUUAUUGCAUUAUCUUUUUCAAACGAGGGUUCAAAAAGUUGGAAAGAAGUUACCCACGACACGUAUGAAUACAAUGUCGAGUGAUAUUAUGAAGUUUUACUUUUUAAGAGACUUAUUAUUGAAUACGAAGGAAACGGCACGAACUUAUGGACGAUGUGAAUGUAACCCAGGCAGUUCUCGCUUUAGGAAUUUUUAUAAUUUGCACACUCUUUGUUAACUCUUUAUUUCGCUUUGCGGAUUUUUCAACCGUGGAUACUCUCGAGGAAUUAAUUAAGUAAAAUGCGAAAACUGCCUGUAUCUUGAUUUUGGAAAUGCUCGAGUGCGCAAAUGUUCAUUUCCGUCGAGAAUGGAGGAUCAAUUUGGAGGAUGAGGUCCAUUAAUGGAAUCGAUCUCCUCCCUAUCUCGAAUUUGCCAAGGCCAGAAAAAUAUUGAACGAGCAUCUGCGAGUAAAGUAGGCACUGAAAUCAGCUACACGGUUUUGGGAACGCAGCACCCGUCCACUCUGAGUUUUUAUAUAUAUAUACAUACCUCCUAAAAAGAUUUGGCUCUCCGGGCUUUCUAUCCUUUUUCCUUAUUUUAUAGAUUUCCCUUUCACUUAGUCGACGGCUCCGGUGUUAAUUAAUUGACUGUGAGACGCGCUUAAUGCAUACGAAACAGCGAGACCGAAACGAAAGCGUCCAGCAAUCCUCCCAUGGUUCUUCCAUGGGAUAAAUGGACUUCGUACAUCCGAUUAAUCCCUUGAUAGUUUUAUGGAAACAGUGAAACAAGAAAGAGAGCGAACAGAGGGGCGAUACUUUCCCUCUCUUCUUUUCUUGCAAUUAGAUACACGGCCGCCAUAUUGUGUUGCGCAAUGGUUUCACGUAAAGAGAGGAAAACAAGAAAACAGCCUCUCUGUUUGAUCUUUCUCGUUUCUGUUGUCUUCGUACGUCAAUAUACGAAAUUCAUAUAUCCUAUGUUCAUGGAUCUGAUUUUAAAGAAAAAGAAAGAGAACAAAUAGAAGGGCUACACUUUCGCUCUUCCCUUCCUGUUGUUAUACAGGCGGCCGCCAUAUUGCGUUGCGCAAUAGUUCCACAUAAAGAGAGAAAAAGUGAGAGAAUAGCCCAUUUAUUCUACCUCUCUCAUUUCUGCUGUCCUCACAUCCAGAUCAGUGUGUGAGAUACAUGCAUUCAACGUCCGUAAUUCAAAUUUCGAGUGCAGCGAAAAAGAAAGAGCGAACAGAGGGGCAAUUUCAUAUUGCGGUACGUAGCUGUUACCCGUAAAAAUGGCAAAAGAAAGCGAGAAAACAUCCCUUUUGUUCUUUCUCCUUCGAUUCUACUGUCUUUAUAGUUAGAUCGGUAUGCGAGGUCCAUACAUUCUAUCACCAUGGGUUCAUCAUACGUAGACUGGGAGACAUCAAUGCCCUCCUAUUCUGCACAGGCGAUGCCGUAUCUGCAGGGAAGGCAUUCAUAUCCGCCACUAUACCUUUCUCGGUUACUUCCGACACAUUUAUAAUUACAGGGAGGAGGGUAGGAGGGUAAGGGUCGAGACUUUUGACUCCCCUCGCCCCUACGAGAUACGAAUUUGGUAGAAAAGCUAGCCUCCUCCUUUGGAAAAAUAGCGGUCAAAAUAUAAUCGCUACGAGUAUCGCUAGGACUCGGUUUAUGGCUGUCCUUCUAUGUACAUUCGCACGCUCCGUGGACCGGAUUCUGGGAAUAAUCCCACCGACGAGAGAUUUUUCACCCUUUCGCCUCCCAGUCGAUCUUAAUUAGCUUUUUUGUCUAAUGUUAAAAGGAGUUUCCCUGAUCCUAUGUCGAUUCGUCCUGGAGUUGGCGAUCUUGAGCCAUCUCUCGUCGUGGUUAGGAUAUUAAUUUCUUCCCACGAAGUAGCAUAAGGAGAUACAACGCCAUGUAUUGAAAUCCUCCCCACUUUAGGAUCCUAAGAUCUUCAGAUUUUUUUAAGGAUCUAGUGCCGAGAGCGUCUCCUCGACGAAAUUUUUCAAUUAGACAUUAUCGCCUGCUAGCGGGUCCGCUAGCCUUUAUCGCGUUAAAAACACAUUAUGUGGAUCAUCCGUGGAUUAUCGUUUCGUUUUGCGUACCUUAAUUGCAAGAUUUAAAGCAUUUUAGGUCAUUUACGUUGGUGGGAAAUGUUUUGGUCCUGUAGGAUUGGAGUUCCCUGAUUUUCCGCAAGGAGUGCUCGCGUCGUUAGAUCAGGGAAAAUCUGAGGUCCUGGGUCCUGAUUCUGAGAUCACUUUCUAUGGAAUCGAGCAUUAGUGUUAUGUCUCCUUAUACUACUUCAUGGUUCUACCCCUAAAAUCAUCUCAUUGUCGGCGUUACUAGGAUUACUGAUGUAUAUCUCCUGUUCUAUGUACAGUCACACAUAUUAUGGAAAAAGACCGAUGAGAGCAAGGACUAUCUAUCCAUAAACGUAGGAUAUACGAAGCCCAACAAUUCGUAUGAUAUCCUUGCGAAUGAAUAUUGAAAAAGGAAAUAAAUGAACACCGGGGCUUUCUUUCUCUAUCAGAUAGUUUGUUAUUAUACUGCGUUAAGCAACCCUUUCAUGUAAAGGAAAAAACUAGAAAACAGCCCCUUUGUUCUCUCUCUUUCAGUUCCGCUGGCUUAAUACAUGGAUCUGAUUUUUAAGGCAACAAAUCUGAAAAAGAGAGAACAAAAGGUCUCUACUCUUUCCCUUUUAUUUUUACAUAGACUGCCAGCAUAUUGCGCAAUGCGACCGUUUCAUGUAGAAAAGAGGGAGAAAAGCAAUGUCCAUUUUCUUUCUUUAAAUUCUGCUCUAAAGUCAGAUUAUUGUUUGGCAUUCGCACACCCUACAUUCAUGUAUCUGUCGACGAAGGACCUCUUUUCCUCCAAUCGGACCCAAUUUUUCCUGGCACAUCUAAGAAUUAUUAACUAUCGUCCUUCCACGUUUACUCGCACUUAAUCGGGACAAUUCCGACGAUUACAGAUGGACCCGUCUCUCGUCGACAUAAUUUAACCAUUACUUUACACCGACGAUUACUCGGCCGGGUCCUAAUAGUUUACUUAACACUCAUCUUAAGUCCUGUACACAGAGACGUCGAAACUCGCCUAAACCUACGGAAUGGAAAACAUUGAUUUUCGGGUGUCUGUAGCCCGCAAACUGGACACUAUCGAGAGACUCCUCCUUUAAACACUCUCCUAUACAGUUGCCUAUCUAAACGAUUACACGAUUACUUCUAUGGCUGACAGAUUUAAAUCUGGGCGACGCGUCGAGCUGUCUCUGGGAGUCCCAGCAUCCCGUUUAUCAAUCGCUGAUUAAUUCUCGUUUAAC